CAUGCGCAAUACGUUGCUUUACGAGUUCGUGGAAGGUAACGCAUCAGACGCGUGUCAUCUGCCACAAAGGGAGGACGUAUUUUCGUUCGUUGUUCCUGUAAACUCAAGUAACCUUUGAAAUUCAAGAGGAAUUGUUAUCGAAUACAAAUUUUUCGUCGAAAUAAAAAUGGCUAUAGAAGCUCCACAGCUACCUCACUUCGAAGUUUUCCAUCGUGUUCUCGAGCUUCCGAUGAUUGAAAUGGCUUUAACAAAAUCGGUAGAAACUUAUACUAAGUUGAAAGGUUCACAUUGGUUGGUACAUUGGGCUCUAACAACAGCUGAAAGUUCUUUCGAGAGUGCUACCAGACAUGCUGUACCCAUUGCCACUCCCCUAGCUAAGAAACUCGAGAAUCCUAUUCAUUUUGUCGACCACACGCUCUGCCUCGGUCUCGACAAAAUCGAAGAAAGAGUACCAUUGGUGAAGGAGAAACCCGAGCAGAUUUUAGCGAAUGCCUACGGCCUAGCAGUAAAGAAAGUUCAACCAGCAGUUUCAACGAUUUAUCAUGUGAACGACGCAUUAAUAGGACAAGCUACAAAUCUGAGAGAUCUAAGCUGGAACAAAGCGAAUCAAAUUUUGGAAACUCAUUAUGGUACAGCAGCCGUGAAAAGAUUGGACAAUACCGCGAUAGUCAUGGACAAUUUGAUAGAUGCAUAUUUUCCUGCCAUUGAAGAAGAAGAUCAUACCGAUUCUACUAUGAAAACAGAGGAAGAGGACAAACUCCUUCAUAGUUUACAAACCGUCGGCCGUUUAUCCAAUAAAGCGGCUCGACGCGUCUAUAUAAAUAUCAUUCAUCGUACGAAAACUCUUAACAAGGAUAAUCUAAGAAGAUAUAUCGCUUUUCUCUUGGAAUUUUUACAACUUACACAAUACAUAAAUGCGAUCAAUGAAAAAGUUGUCGAGUUAACCAGUCCUCGUAAAGGCGAGAACGUCAACAAUCAAACGUCAAAUAACCAAAACUCGAAUUCAAAAUAAUUUCUAAUAAUUUACAUUAUUUUAUCUUUAUAAGCAUUUUCUUUUUUUAUCAUAAUUCAUUAUAUUUCGAUUAUAUAAUUAAUAUCAUUUAAUCAAACGUAUUUCUCUCAGUAAAGUAAAAAUAUUGUUCGUAAGAAAAAAAAAAAAGAAAAAAAAAAAAUAAAAAUAAAAAUAUAAAUAGAUUAAUAUAAAUCGUAUUCUUGAAAAACGAUCUUGAAAUUUCUAUUUAUAUCAUAUUGUCGUCUGCGUUUCAAAUCCUUCUUCCGUAAUAUACUUCAAAUUUUUAAUUCAAAGUUCAUAUUUGUUUAUCUAUUCCAUAUGUGAUAUUAAAAGAAGAAUAAUAGCUUACAAAUCUAUAUAUGUAAUUCAUAAACAGAGAUAACUCGAAGAGCAUUUCAACCUUUGAAUAUUAUAUUCGAAUGACAACAUUAAAGUCUAUCAAGCUUC